UGCUACCUAGCACAUACCGUUUCGGUACACACAAUCGCAGUUCAUUGGCUUUUCAGUGUCGGCGAGGCGAUCGACCGGACCCCAAGUAAUCGCAUAAGCGACUAGCCAGGCACAGAGAGCUGUUGUUAGUGGAACUGAACAUUUCGUCAGAUUUGUAGUUCCUGGUUGGUGGGUGAACAUAUUUAGAAAUAGUAUUGUAUGUAAUACGUUGUAAACACAACCUUUAUUGUGUCGAUUUAGUGAAGAGCUAAAGGCCAAAGCCAAGGCUGGAAGUGGAACCCACUCUCAGUCCUCCGAAGUUACACGAGCUAGUCAGCCACAUCUCGAGUUUCUUCACCUGACUGCACGGCCUAGUAUCGCGAGUUACGGGGGUUUCGUCGGGGAAGGUGGAUCGUGAAAUCUUUUCAGACAGCCGGGCCUCGCAAAGAUGGCGACAGCAGAAUUCGUGACGGGCCCAGGAACACAGUCAGCUUCGCUUUCAUUAGUUCCAUCUAUCCAUUCAAUUGUCGGACAACCUAUCAUAGAUAUUAACGGUCUAAACGGUGACUCUUGUGAUUCUAGGAAAAGACCAUUAGAAGUAGAAUUAGACGGAGGUAUGGCUACGAAGAGGACAAAUCUUGGCUCCGGCCCCGGAGGACCAAUCGAUGACAACAAGUACAUGUUGAAGAUGUUAAUCCCGAGCACAGCGGCAGGCUCCAUUAUUGGCAAAGGUGGCCAAACCAUCGCCCAACUACAGAGAGAUACAGGGACCAAUGUCAAACUCUCAAAGGCCAAUGACUUCUAUCCAGGCAGGUCUCCCUCUCAUUUGGCAUCUAUCAGCGCUUCAUUUUGCAAAAAGGGACGGGGGAAUUAGAUCUGCGAACCUGACACGGAUGAGUCAGGUCCGGUUUAAUGUCAGGAAUGUUACUACAUGUAUAAGAGCGCUGCCACACUAGGGACAGUGCCUGGCCGAUAGUGAAUCACUCUUCCAUCGUAUGAAUUGUCUUCCAUCCUAGAAUCUCACUUACAACAAGUAUUGCAUAAAGUGCAUAUUUGUUUGAAAUAUUAUCCAGGUCAAGCUAUUCAUUUGCAGGGAUGUUUACAUUUGAUUUAUAAUGAAAAGAGAUAGGUCUGUAGUAAGAAAAUAUUAGAUGACUAGAUAUUAAAUUGAAAAUAGGCUUAGAUGUAAUAUGUAGGCCUAUGUUUCAUUCUAUCAAGGUCUAAACUUAUUAAGCUCAUGGUAUGUAUCAAAUAUGUUUAGCUAGAAUUCCUGUCAACUGCUUAGAGCCAGAACGAAUAACUCUAUUAAUACAGAGUGAACACCCUUCUUGCCCUCGCAGAUGAGAUCUGUCUCAUCGUAAGAACGUGAAGUAAUAGAACAUGUAUAGUACUACAUGAGGUAAAGGAAUUUGAGUGCAUUGAAUUCAUGAAUGACUUUAGGUUUCCUGCAUCUCUACCCUCCUGAUGAGACACAUGGGAUUAUUCAACUCUAAUUAAAGAACUUAAUGAAGAAUAGUGUGCGUUAAUCCUACUGAGAGAGUGCCACAAGAUACUACUCCUAUUUGUAAUGUGUGUGUCGAUCGAAGGCCGCGUUCAUUCCAUCAUUAAUUACAUCUCUGGAGAGUUUAAUCUGUCUGGAGAGAGAGAGAGAAAUAUUUGUGUUUUCAGUUUCAAAUUUCUAUUUGUCUUUCCAAACACCGUCAAUCAGCGCCUAUACUAUAUCUUAGAAAUGUAUAUCCCAGCUCUGGUUUUGAACAAAAGAAACUGCUGAAGUCAAUUUUAUUUGCUGUGAAAAGGUAGAGCAAUUAUUUUGAGCAACAAAAUGUGUCUUUCCAAAUGAACUACAAUUAUUUGCAGUGUUCAAAAUAUUAGACCCAUGGCUUGAAUUUCAAGUUUCUUAUUCUUGUUGUUCAGGUGAUGUGUGAUGAUAUUUCUCAAAAGAUUAAUUUUCUCUGUCCCAGUGAUAUCAGGAUUAUUUCUGUAUGCUUGAACGUCUGGAUAAACAAAUCAGUACCUGUAUGAACACAACUGAAGGCAUCUUCAGAACAUGAUUGUCAGUUGAUGCCUCAUCUGUGAUCCUUGCAGUGUAGCCUUUAGUAUACUCUUUGACAUUGCACAAUGUCCUAGUACAUUGUUCUACGUGCAAACCUACGUGCAAACCUACGUGCAAACCUCUAUCAAGUAUAAGACUAUAUUAAGACAAACAGGUAAUCUGAGCAAAAUCAUGGAAUAUCUACACAACAUUGUAAGGUUGCUGUAAACAAGUACUAUCAAAGCACAGAAUAGUGAUGUGUAGCCCAUGGAAUGUGGCAUAUUUUAGAGGGCAAGUGUUUAUAGCAUUUAUAUGCUGUUUUGUGCAAAUCCUUUCAGGCAGGGUAAAGGCAGUAUAUGAAUUGCUCUGUUGGAAUUUUGAGGGGACAUGUUAUAGGUCUCCCCAAAUGACCUUUGGCCUCGAGAUAUUUUUAAAGGGUCGCAUUGGGAGCACAAUGGCAGUCUGGAAAGAAACACAUGUAACAACAUAAGAGUUGAAAGAGAAGAUAAAUGCUAAUUUCAUAUGCUCAAUUUUUGGUGUGUCUAGUAAUGUCUAAGUGAAAACUGCAAAAGGCAUUUGUUUUUCUUAGUAUGGACAUGUGAUGAGUAAAUACUAGAAAUUAUUAGCUUGGCUGAAUACUUUGCUGGUUAUUUGUUUGUGGUUCAAACAGUCAUUUAGAUUUAUCUCUCUUUAACUGAAACACAUCCUGUAAGUGUUAUGGUUUGUAGACGAUUCUCCUGUGUAUAAUUAUCCUGCUUGUGAGUACAGGAUAUGUUGUGAAUUUGAAAGUGAAAGCAAAUUCUACAUUUCAGAAGCUCUCUUCAUAAAUAUUGACUGUCCCAGUGAUUUUAUAAUAACUAUAUAACUUUCAGCAGUUAUGUUCUGUUCAAGUAGUGGUUAAAGGAUGUAGGCUUUUUAAAGGUCCUACAUGAAGUUAUUAUUAGCUUGUAUUGUUAUCAAAGGAAAUGAAGCUUGUAGUCUAUUGUCUUACAUGCUCUUCAAGCUGUCAGUUGUGAUAAGGGACCCAUGUGAUUGAAUAUGUUUUCCCUUUAAUCUUUAUGAACAUAUUAUAUAACUAGAAGAUUACUAAAUAGAGGUGAUAAACUGAUAAUUGGUAGGUAAAUUGUAUGAUAGGAAAUUAGGAAUUAAGACAAUACUAUGAUAUCAGAGGGCAGAUUUUAUUUCCAGUUUUGCAAACUAAUGCAAUUCUUGUACUACCACCUGUACAUGUAUGUUUAUGUUCUUAAAACUAACAACAAUUUAAUGUGCAUUUAAUAUGCAUUGAAUAUUAAUAAGUACAUGUAGUAGGCCUACAUUCGUUUUACAAACUCCUGUGACAUCAUUGAUUGACAGCUGAUUACAUACAAAUAUUUUGUUGUGCUUUUCAAAUAAAUAAUGACGAUUACAGUAACCUCGAGCCAAGUCAUCUAAAUCCA